AAGUUUCCUUAAAAGCCAAGAUUAUAGAAUAUUUAGGACAAGUCUUAGAGUCGAAAACCACAUUAUAAAAACCCCCAGUUGCAGAUUGAAUAUAAAUGUCGAUCUCCAAAAUAGUUUUCUAACUUCCAAAGGUCCACUAUCUCUAAUAUUUUACAGUUAGAAGAAGAAAUAUGGCAAAAUCUUUUUUGGCUUUGGCUAUCAUUUUGUAUUUCUGUUUAUUUCAAUGUUUUGCUGCCUCGGGUUCAAUGAGGAAAGCCAAGAGAAUUAGGGCUAGAAUUCCAUGCAAAACCCUAGUGUUUUAUUUCCAUGAUAUCAUAUAUAAUGGUCACAAUGCCGGGAAUGCAACGGCAGCCAUCGUCGGAGCUCCGGCUUGGGGAAACAUGACGAUACUCGCCAGCCAAAACCAUUUCGGCGACUUGGUCGUGUUCGACGAUCCAAUUACCUUGGAUAAUAACCUACAUUCGACGCCGGUGGGCCGGGCGCAAGGGUUUUAUAUCUAUGACAAGAAAGAGAUAUUCACGGCUUGGCUAGGUUUUUCCUUCGUCUUUAAUUCGACUGAGCACAAGGGUAGCAUUAAUUUCGCCGGAGCUGAUCCGCUGAUGAACAAGACAAGGGACAUUUCGGUGAUCGGAGGCACCGGAGAUUUCUUCAUGACCAGAGGGAUUGCCACUCUGAUGACCGACGCAUUUGAGGGGGAAGUAUAUUUCCGGCUUCGUGUUGAAAUAAAUUUGUAUGAAUGUUGGUAGCUUUUUCUCUUGAAUAUACUACAAUUUAAUUUCGCUUUUCUGUUCUUUAGUUUUGCUUUUCGGUUGUAAUGUUUAUUCAUCUCUCUGGCUUUGCUCUACAAAGAAAAGAGCUAGCUUGACACUGAAGUUAUUCAAAAGAAUUUGAUUUUUAUUUUGGUUUGUAUAUGC